ACACUGUUAGGUGGAAACGAAACGCCUCGUGUCGUUUGGCUUCAUUCCGCUGCUCGCGUUCACGUUGAGAGUGUAGACAGGUAUUUUAGACAGGCAAAACUGUUUUAACAAUGCCGUAUUGGAUCCGAGCAUUUAAGAUUGCCGGUCCAAAUGCAUGACUGUACGCCAUGGAGCGCGCGCAGGGGAGCGAGGAUGAUGCGGCCCAAGAAGACGCUACAAGUGUAGCUGAUGUGUCCGUGGAAGUGGCUACGGUGGACGCAACUCUUAAUAAACUAUGCAGAAGAUACAACAGACGCAGAAGAAGAGCAAAAAAGAUAAAGAAGAAAAACCCAAUAUUGGAGCUACAGAAUCUGGCCAUCCUCAUCACAGUGGUGGUGUUUGUCAUUGUGGUGAUAAUGUGGUCACUUCUGUGGGUUUUUAUAUUCCGGAGAGAGAGCAACAGUGGUGUGUAUUUUGCUGGUAUGUUCCGUGUUGCCAACGUUGAGUUUAUACCAGAGUACCGGCAUGCUGACUCCAGUGAGUUUGUGUCCAUGGCAAACCGCAUUCAGCAUGUGAUAACCAGCGUAUACCGAACAUCAUCAGUGUCCAGACUCUACAAACAAACCGUCAUCUCUGAUCUGAGUAAUAACAAUCAAGGUGGUGUACUGGUGCAUUUCUGGAUGAUCUUCGUGGUGCCGUAUCUGAAGACUCCAUCAGUGUGUGAGGACUGUGUGAGUGCCAUCCUCAAAGACUCUGUGCACAUGAGUCUGAAGAACAGGUCUUCAGUGGGCUUCCUGCAGGGCCUUCCUGUGGACAUCGACUCCAUUCUUGUUAAUGUUGCUUUACGCUCAGAUUACACAUCAACAGCUGUGGGUGAGUCAGUCAAAACUGAUAAGCACAUAAACAUGACAAACCAAGGCUCUCAGUGUGUGGAUAAGCUGUACGCAGGUGUUCCUGAUGUGAGUAUUCCCCUCAAUGUGUUCUCCUCGUGGGGAGGCUUGAGCUGCUACAUCAAACUGACAAGUACUCCAGGCUCUGUCGUCCGUCUCACUGUGAAGAGCUUUCGCAUUGACCCUAGUGACUGCGUCUAUGAUGCCCUCACCAUCUAUGACUCUCUGCUUCCCAUGAGAGGCAUGGUUCUGUACAGGUUUUGUGAAUCAGUGUCAGCCCCGAUCUCAUUGGUCUCCACCUCCAAUGUCAUGCUGCUCUCCUUCAGACUCACUCAAGGCAACAAGAUCUUCCGAGGACUCUUCCAGGCUCUCAUGGAAGAGCAGUGUGUGAAUAUGAUAGCACUACCCUCUGGCCCAGGUGAUGCUGGAGUGAUAACCAGUCCAUUCUACCCCAGUCUGUUGCCCCGUCAAUGCUCCUGCACCUGGAUGUUUCAGAUGCCCAGUGGUGCUCUUGGUGUGGCUCUCAGGUUCCAGAACUACAUGCUAAAACUAAAAGACUUGCAAAACUGUGAACACGGCUGGUGGAAAGUCAAUGAAAUAAUAUACUGUGGAAAUUACAUUGACCAUUCAACCAUCUUCCGUAUUCCUUCGCAAAACCCUGAAGUGGUUUUCCGCUGCAGCUCACGGAAUGCCGACCAACCCUUCAGUGCCACUUACAGCAGCUACAACACCAGCCAGCCAUGUCCAGAGGGUCACUUCCUGUGCUCCACGGGUCUGUGCGUGGAGAAGUUCAGGUGCUGUGAUGGACUGGAUGACUGUCAGGAUGAAAGCGAUGAGAUUUUUUGUUCUAAACCUCCUAAAAUCUGUGGAGGUUCGUCCCCUUUGCACCCAUUAUACAUCUGUAAUGGAGAGAUGGACUGUUCCAGUGGUAAAGAUGAGACCAACUGUACACAGGAGACUAGCUGUUCUGGAGUCAGUUACCAAUGUGGCAAUGGAGCCUGCAUUCUUAAGAAAAAUGCUAAAUGUGACGGCUUACACGACUGCUACGACCGCAGUGACGAGAAGGACUGUGACUGUGGCAAUCCCACCCCUGCAAAGCGUGUAUCUGACAGCACCACUCCACAGCAGCGUAUUGUGGGUGGAAUCAAUGCGGUGGAGGGGGAGUGGCCAUGGCAGGUCAGCAUGCAUUUUUCUGGUCAGCUGUAUUGCGGAGCAUCAGUCCUCUCUGAUGAGUGGCUCAUUUCAGCAGCACACUGUUUCAGCAAAGAAAGGUUGGCAGAUCCACGUAUGUGGAUGGCUCAUCUAGGCAUGCUAAACCAGGGCAAUGCCAAGCAUGUGGCCGAGAUCCGUCGAUUUGUUGUGCAUGAAUACUACAAUGCAAGAAAUUUUGACUAUGACAUCGCCCUUGUGCAGUUGAAGAAGGCCUGGCCCAGAAGUCUGGAACAAUAUAUCCAGCCUGUCUGCCUGCCGGCCCCUUCACAGACCUUCACUGAGGGACACCGCUGUUGGGUCACCGGCUGGGGCUACCGUUCUGAACAGGAUAAGGUUCUACCCACUGUAUUGCAGAAGGCAGAAGUUAGCAUUAUAAGCCAGAGUGAAUGCAAGAGAAGCUAUGGUGCUGUAUCACCCCGCAUGGUGUGUGCUGGCGUGCCCUCAGGAGAGCAGGAUGCCUGCCGGGGAGACUCAGGCGGUCCUCUGUCCUGUCGAGCCCACUCGGGCAGCCGCUGGUUUCUGACGGGCAUUGUGAGCUGGGGUUCCGGCUGUGGCAGACCCAACCUUCCCGGAGUUUACACCAGAGUGGCCAAGUUCAUAGACUGGAUCCAAAUACAUAUUCAAAACUCGCCAGACCCGCUCAGGUCGGGUUUCUCCGGGAUCGCACUACGUCCGCGGGCUGAUUUCUCUGCCCGAGGUAUUGUUCUGUAUCGCUGCAUCGGAGACAUAAGAGAGCGGGCCAUGAGGACUUUUCCCAAAAACAGAAGCUGCGAAGUUUACAGCGUCUCUGGUUUGGGAGCCUGCGCCCCCGCCGGUGCACCUGCACAGGAGAACUUUGUGACGAAACCCACCCAGACGUCAAGUCCAUCUAGCAACGAGUCUGACAUCAAGAGAGCGAAUUGCAGGGCAUGGAGUAAGUGGGCGCUGAGAGCCUCCCCCCUCCUCCCUCUCUCGGCUGCCAUUGCACUGACUCUCCAUUUCCUUGCAUCCUCUCCAUCGCUCUCAGUGUUCUACCUUGGAGGAAGCAUCGAGUUCUCCAACCUCAGCUUCUCUCCAGACCUGGCAGACCCGUCGUCUACACAGUUCCGCCUCCAGUCUCAGGCGCUAAGCCAUUACUUCUCAGAGUUGUAUGAUUCUUCACCAUGGAGCUCGUAUUACCAGCACUCAGGAAUUAUUGCAUUUAGUGAAGGAGUGGAAGGUCUUUGUGUGUACUACUGGAGUAAAUUCUCUGCUCCUCCCGCUAUUGCUGAGGAACUCCGGAGAGUGAACCCAUCCCGGCUGCAACGGCGUCUACCUGGAACCAACAAGGUCCUUUUUAGCAGGAACGAGGAACGCUACUACAUGGAGAGGGACGAGGACACACUGCGUCUGCUGGGUUUGAAUGGCGAGGAUGAAGACGAUGAAGAUUCUGAUGACAAAGCGGAAAAAAUAAAGAACCCAAACUCUUUACAGAGUGGCAAGUGGCAGUUGGGGCUGCAGGCCAUGUCUUUUGACCUGUACGCUAAGUAUGGAAACAAUCGCACACUCAGUCUUGUCAGUCCGAAGAAGCCAUAUUACCAGUGGAGGCUUCGGGUGCCGUCCGGUCACCUCGUGCGGCUUGUCAUUCUCACACUUCAAGGAGCGACACCAGGAAGCUGCUCUGCCAACAAGCUGUCUGCUUAUGAUUUCCUGCUGCCGCUUCAGAACAAGAUCAUCGCCAGAUGGUGUGGUCUGCCAAUAUCAGGAACAUCCCCUGUAAUGAAACUGACAUCAUCUGGAAACGUCAUGCUUGUCACAUUUUCUUUCAGUCGUCAGAGGCAAGGAGCCAUCUUCAAAGCUUAUUUCCAAGCUAUACCCAAAACCGAGUGUGGUGGUUUCCUCACUGCGUGGAACGGCACGGUGACGUCUCCUUACUACCCCGCCUACUACCCUCCAAAUGUGGACUGUAACUGGAAAAUCAGGGCUCCGUUGCCGGGAUACCUUCUCUCCGUAACCAUUGUGAUGCUAGACAUUCAGGAUUCACCGGCCUCAAGCACCUGCGAAAAAGAUUGGCUGGAAAUAGGCGGCGUCAAACUCUGUAACCCAAUUGGGGACAGCGGCAGAAAGAGGAUCUACUCUUCACCCGUCCUGCUGCACUUUCACUCGGAUGAGUCUUUGACCCAUAAAGGUUUUUAUCUGAUCUUCAGAGCCUUCUCUCCUGAAAGUGCGUGUCCGAGGCAGUUCCGCUGUGGAGAUGGCAAGUGUAUUCCUCUGAGGAAAGUGUGUGAUGGAGAAAAAGACUGUUCUGAUGGACGAGAUGAGGCCAAAUGCAACACGUGUAAACCGGGAGAAGUUUAUUGUAUGGGUCAGUGCAGACCACACAGCCAGUGUAACACCGCAUGUGGUGACAGCAGUGAAGAGAAUAACUGUGGAGGUAAAUGCUUCCAUAUGUGCCCAAACAAAAUCUGCCUCCCCAAAGCCUCAGUGUGUGAUGGGAUUGUGGACUGCAAAGACCGCAGUGAUGAACUCAACUGCACAAGAGCAUUUUCUAAAGGAUGCUCUCCUUCCUCCUUCAAAUGUGCCAGUGGAAAGUGCUUGAGUAAAAUCAAUCCGGAGUGUGACGGCAUUAAAGACUGCAAAGAUGGUUCAGAUGAGUUGCGCUGUAGUUGUGGCACGAGGCCCAGGAAGAGGGCAAAGAUUGUGGGUGGCACGGAUGCCCAGGCAGGCUCAUGGCCGUGGCAGGUCAGCCUUCAGAUGGAGCGCUAUGGCCAUGUGUGUGGGGCAUCUCUGGUGGCCAGCCGCUGGCUCGUCUCUGCAGCUCACUGCUUUCAGGACUCAGAUGCAAUCAAGUAUUCUGAUGCGCGAUCAUGGAGGGCCUACAUGGGCAUGCGAGUAAUGAACUCGGUCAGCAAUGCAGCGGCCACCAGACAAAUCCGUCGCAUCAUCUUGCAUUCGCAAUACGACCAAUUCACCUCUGACUAUGACAUCGCCCUUCUUGAACUAAGCGCCCCUGUCUUUUUCAAUGAGUUGGUACAGCCCGUCUGCGUUCCUGCCUCCUCUCAUGCCUUCACCUCUGGAACCAGCUGUUUUGUCACUGGAUGGGGGGUUCUGUCAGAAGAAGGUGAAUUGGCCACACUGCUGCAAGAGGCCACCGUUAACAUCAUCAGUCACAACACUUGUAAUAAAAUGUAUGACGAUGCGGUCACUCCCAGAAUGCUUUGCGCCGGAAACAUUCAGGGAGGAGUGGAUGCUUGUCAGGGAGACUCUGGGGGACCUUUAGUGUGUCUGGAACGUGGCCGGAGGUGGUUUCUAGCAGGCAUCGUGAGCUGGGGUGAGGGCUGCGCCCGACAGAACCGGCCCGGAGUUUACACGUGUCAUAAAGUUCACAGACUGGAUUCACCAGCAGACGAAAGGCCAGGUGUGACUUACACACGCACACAUAUAUUUACACCAGAGAACGGGUGAUUGGCCCACACUCAGUUGCGUGUGAUCGAGGUGCACCGGCCCAGCUCUCAUGGUGCCCAGACACACAGCAAACAUCAACACCUCUGCAUCGGAAACAAUUUCCCACCAAUUCCUGUUGCUCAGCGUUUGAAACCUCUACCCACGGUCUGCCAGCAGCUUCACUCCCCUCUUUAUGCCCCAAAGUCAUAUGAACCACCUACAAACCAACUGUACUCUAUAAAGCCUCGACAGUGGACUACUAGUGUAGAGAUUGAGGAGAUUAUUUGCAGUGGAAAGAGUUCUCUUGGUAAGAUUUGUGUUAUUUGCAUACAGUGGCUAAAUAUUAGUUUUCAUUCAUUUAUUCAUGUUAAUGGAAUCAUUUUGAUUUUUUUCAUUGUUUAAGAAUGAUAUAAACCCUUCACUUCAUGGUCCUUUUCAAAUAUGUCCUACUGUGAAACUGAUUGCAUGUCAGAAAUGAUGACCAACAUGAAAUUUAGUCAUUAUUGUUACUGUUUUGUAGGGUUUUUGUUAUCACAAAAGAUUAUUGGCUUCUCCUUUAUUGGGAGAGAGCAGCGGCAGCCCCUAAGACUCUCUCUACUGGUCGUGAUUUGACAUUACAUCUUACUCAGUACUACUUUAGUUACGCACACAUUAUGAUCUGUAUACCUGAAAAACCAGAUGUAAAUGUCAAAACUGAGCAAAUGUUGAUACUUUAUAUUAGAUACAUGAAAAAUAGAAUUAUAUUAAAAAG